GGCGGCAGGAGAGCCGGCUGCUCCCCCAGCCUGUAACUUGUGAAUCAAUUAUGCGUCAGCCCGCCCCUGAUUGGCCCCGGCAGCUAUACGCAAAAGAAAACGAGGAGAGGUGGCUGACAGAUGAAAAGCACGGAACCCGCUGAUAAAGUGUUGUGGCGGAGAAAGGAGCUGUAUUGUCGCAGAGGUCCUAAGGUGGAAAUCUGUUGCUCUUUGAGGAAGAAUGUACUGCAGGGGUGUGUGCUGUAACCACUGGUCUUCUGAGGAGAGGUUAGAUGGGAAAACAGUGGUCAUCACUGGAGCCAACACUGGUAUAGGCAAAGAAACUGCCAAGGACCUGGCAAGAAGAGGUGCACGCAUCAUCAUGGCAUGCAGAGACCUCGAGAGGGCGGAGGAGGCACGGACGGACAUUUUGGAAGAUACAGGAAAUGAGAACGUGGUCAUCAGGAAACUUGAUCUGUCUGACACCAAGUCUAUCAGGGCCUUUGCUGAAGUUGUUAACAAAGAGGAAAAACAAGUGAAUAUCCUGAUAAACAACGCAGGCAUUAUGAUGUGUCCCUACUCCAAGACAGUUGAUGGGUUUGAAAUGCAGCUAGGUGUCAAUCACUUGGGUCACGUCCUGCUGACUUACUUACUCUUGGACCUCAUCAAGCGUUCUGCUCCGGCCCGUAUUGUCGUGGUGGCAUCGGUGGCCCAUACCUGGACUGGGCUUCGACUGGAUGAUAUCAACAGUGAGAAGAGUUACGAUGCCAUGAAGGCCUACGGACAGAGCAAACUGGCUAACGUCCUCUUUGCAUGCUCACUCGCAAAAAGGUUGCAAGGUACAGGGGUGAGCGUCUUCUCUCUGCACCCGGGGGUGGUUCAGUCUGACCUGUGGAGGCACCAGCACCAAUGUAUCCAAGUGGCAGUGAAGAUCUUCAAGAUUUUCACCAAGACCACAGUGGAGGGAGCGCAGACUACCAUUUACUGUGCUGUAGAGCCAGGUCUGGAGAGCCUGAGCGGAGGGUACUUCAGUGACUGCGCCCCUGCAAGGUGCUCAAGAACCGCCUCUGAUGAUGACUUGGCGCAGAAACUGUGGGAGGUCAGCUGUAACAUGCUCGGCAUCACCUGGCAGUGAAUGGGAUUAAAACACCUGUGCAGUGAAGACACUGUGUGUGAAAACAUACUUUAAACAGCACUGCUAAGCACUUUUAUACAUGUAUUAAUGUUACUGUUUUAAAAAAAAGUAACAGGAUUGUUCCAAAGACCAUUUUAUUUUGUAAAUGAUCUAAAAAAAAGCUGUACAUUGUAUGUUUU